CAUGAAACGAGUGAAGCUAUUGGGCUAUUAGUCAUAGACACUUUUGACCCUUAUUGUUGGGCCUCAAAAUGGAAGUGACCACCCAUUUAAUCCAGAGUCCAUACUCCAGACCGUCGUCGUCACGUGCAACCGUGUCAUUGACUGGCGAAGUGGGAAGGAGAAGAUGAAUCAAAAGUUUGGAGGAGGGACCGGAACGCCGUCGUUAGCUUGGUAUUGCGUCGUCGUGAUCGCUUCGCUCCUCACCGGGGCCUCCGUCGUUCACAACUUCUUCAAACCAAAUCUGACUUUGCCUCCGAUUGAGAAUGGAGCCGAUGAAGCUAUUCAGCGAAAAGCCCAGGAAAAGCAAUGAUUAUUCUCCUAUUCUACAUGUGGGCUUGAUGUAUAUGAUUAAGGGAAUUGUUGGUCAAAUUGCUUCAUAACAUUUUGGCAUCGUGGUCUGGGAUGUACUUCGUGCGAUUUCUGCUGCCUAAUGAAUCUUGUUCACGUUUGAUUGCUUCUUCCCAGCAAUGCAGAAUGCAAAAUUGAUCUUUCCAUGUUUCAUCAAUCUCUUUGAUGUUAACCAGAUUUGAAAAAUUGUAUCUUGAAAAAGGUUGGCUGUUUUUUUGACUUGGAUUUUCUGUCUUAGUAGGGUUGAUAGAUUUGUCAUAAUUUAAAUGUAAUUUUAAUAAUUACUACUAUUCACAUUGAUCGUUAUGACAUUAAUCACUUCAAACGGAUGAUGAAUCGUUCUGAUUUUUGAGCGAUCAACCACUACUUGCCUACUUCCCUAACUUAAAUUUCUGGACAUGAUUUAUAGGGGCAAUGGGCCCAU